AUGUCUGCUACUGACGACAGAGUCGGAGCGGAAGUUGGCGACGGCGUGGAUACGGGACUACUUGGGUUGGUAAGCCGGUACGAAGCAACCAAAGACCCAGAGAGCCGAGAUCUGAUCCUCUCCUCGAUUUGCCAACACUCAGGCCUCCACCAACCGCCAGCGCUCAUUAAUUAUCUCGAUCCUCCAAGCAGCGAUGCCGUUUUGGGAUCCGAUGACAGCGACGACUAG